AUGAAAAGAGAUCCGGUGCUUCGGCAUGAACAAAUGCGGCGCUACAUUCAACACCGGAAUCGGGUAUUGGACAUGAAAAGUGUCAUCGGGAAAGAUCUCCGCAAUCGAAGCCGAUCAGAGCCACCGAAAAGGAGAAGAAAAACAGAGGACGAGGAGGAAACCCAGCGUCGAAUCGAUCUGGAGAAUGAGCGGUUGAUGGCACAAUUGACAACGAUCGCGAGGAGACGAGCCGCCACACCGAAUCCAAAGAAAACAUAU